AGACGUUUGGCAGCUCCCUUCAUCCCUCGUUUCCAAUCACGCUCUUGGCUCCCUCGUUUUUCUUUACCGCAAAGUCUCCCUCACCUGAUCACUGAUGGAGUGCUAAGCAGGCAGACCUCGCAGCUUUGCGAAUACUGGCAGGAAGGCGCCUUCUCCUUGCGCCACGAGGCGGGGGGCAGCCCCGCAAGAGACCCUCCUCCUCCUCCUCCUCCUCCUGCUCGCCGUCCGUCCGUCCCGCCUCGCCUGCCUUCCGGGCCCGGAGCCGCGACGCUGCUUCCCCGCGGGCUGUCUCGCCUCUUCUGCCGCCGCCGCCGCCGCCGCCUCCCGGCGCUUCGGAUGCUGUAGCCCAAGACUCUGGGGCCUGUAUAUGGAAAUAGUGGGGUGUCGAGCCGGGAACCGCUUGCCCUUCCGCUCCCCAGCCAUGCUUUUCCACGGCAUCUCCGGAGGCCACAUCCAAGGCAUCAUGGAGGAGAUGGAGAGGAGGUCCAAGACCGAGUCGCGCCUGGCCAAAGGCGCCCAGAUGAACGGCCGGGAAGCGAAUAUGCCCCCGCUGAGCCCGGAGAAGCCUGCCUUGUGCGCCGGCUGCGGAGGGAAGAUCUCCGACAGAUACUACCUGCUGGCGGUGGACAAGCAGUGGCACCUGCGGUGUCUUAAGUGCUGUGAAUGUAAACUGGCGCUGGAGUCCGAGCUCACCUGCUUCGCCAAGGACGGCAGCAUUUACUGCAAGGAGGAUUAUUACAGAAGGUUCUCCGUGCAGCGCUGUGCCCGCUGCCACCUGGGCAUCUCGGCCUCGGAGAUGGUGAUGCGCGCCCGGGACUCGGUGUACCACCUGAGCUGUUUCACCUGCACCACGUGCAACAAGACGCUGACGACGGGCGACCACUUCGGCAUGAAGGACAACGUGGUCUACUGCCGGGCGCACUUCGAGAGCCUGCUGCAGGGCACCGAUCCUGCCUCCUACCCGCCUCCGCAGCUGAGCUACACCGAGCUGGCGGCCAAGGGAGGAGGCCUGGCGCUGCCUUACUUCAACGGCACCGGCACGGUCCAGAAAGGCCGGCCCAGGAAGAGGAAGAGCCCGGCCUUGGGCGUGGACCUCGUCAGUUACAAUUCAGGUUGCAAUGAGAACGAGGCAGACCACCUGGACAGAGACCAGCAGCCUUAUCCCCCAUCUCAGAAGACCAAGCGCAUGCGCACUUCUUUCAAGCACCACCAGCUCCGCACCAUGAAGUCCUACUUUGCUAUUAACCACAACCCAGAUGCCAAGGACCUCAAGCAGCUUGCCCAGAAGACGGGCCUAACUAAGAGAGUUCUGCAGGUUUGGUUCCAAAACGCACGAGCCAAAUUCAGAAGGAACCUUUUGCGGCAGGAGAAUGGGGGUGUUGAUAAAGCUGACGGCACGUCGCUUCCGGCCCCGCCCUCAGCAGACAGCGGCGCUCUCACUCCACCCGGCACUGCGACCACUUUAACAGACCUGACCAAUCCCACUAUCACUGUAGUGUCAUCAGUGACCUCUAACUUGGACAGCCACGAUUCCGGAAGCCCCUCACAAACUACCUUAACAAACCUUUUCUAACAUUUGACUUUUAAAAAAAGAGAAAUAUUCUUACUUUUUUCUUCUUCUUCUUCUUUCUCCAUUAUUAUUAUAAUUAUAUUAUUAAUAAUAUUAUUUGCAAGACUUUUUAUUUUUUGAAAGAAAAACAAACCCACAAAAUGUUUGGGGAAAACCAGCUUGGUCGGUAGCAUCUGCAGCCACUUGGUAAAUGAGUUUGCAGUAACAGACUUCUGUUCUACAACUACGUAUUCUUUGUCUCUAAAUUGUCUUGGAAUUUUUUUUAAAACCACUGCCUAAUUAAAGGGAAACUAUUGAAUCAUUCUAUUAAGUGCCUCUUAAAAUUGUAUGUUCCUUAUUUCCAGAUUUUUUUUUAUGGGGGUGGGUGAAUGGUUACCAUGGAAGUCAGAAAAUUGUGUUAUUUAAAAAAAAGGCAUGGAUUGUUAUCCUCAAGCUUAUCCUUAAAGAACAUAUAAACAUGUCAGAAAUUCCUGUCGGUCAAAUAAGGUUGAGGUGUUUUGGUGCCUGAGAAAGAAAGUCUGGCAGUAAAGGUCAGCAAAUUCAGCACCCCCAAAUCUGCCACCUGAGGCAGUUGUUCCCUUCUGCCACAUAACAGGGCUAGGCCUCCCAUUGACAUCAGCUGAACAUAAUUCUAUGUAAAUGAGGAUAGGUCACACCGUCCAUUUAAAGCACAUGACUUUCCCCAGAGAAUCCUGGAGACUGCAAUUCAUUAAAGGUGCUGGGAACUGUAGCUCUGUGAGAGGUAAAUUACAGUUCCCAGGUUUCUUGCGGUGGUGGGGAACUGACUGUUACAGUGGUAUAAAUGUGCUUUCAAUGUAUGGUAUGCACGUGGUCCAACUUGCAGCCUUAAAAGCUGCCUCUGAAUUGGAGAUAGGGAACCUGUGGCCCUCCAGGUGUUGUUUGGACUGCAGCUAGGGCUGAUGGGAGUUGGAGUUCAACAACUUCUGCUCUAAAUCUGACUCAUUUACAAAAGUGCAGACAGGUAGCUUCUGCAAUUAAAAUAGAUGUCAGGAGUAUAUACCUCUUAACAGUUUGCAAGUCACAAUGGCAUGUGUGACGGCUGAGCUUAUGUCAGAUAUUCUCCUCUUUCCUCUUUGGUCCAUGGUGGCUCACUUUUCCAACUCAUUUGCCAGAUGUACCAGAGUGGUGGUGUGUGCUGACUUGCCAACCCGGCAGGCAGCUGACAGAUAGUGCUGUCCAAAGAGAGCCACCGAAGGCGGAAGGGGAAAGUAGCUACUGCAUAGGAUGUGAACUGGGGUGCAGACAGAUGACUAGGUACUAGAGAGUCAAUACUCACAGAGAGUUCUUUCACCCUGAGGUCAUCUCCAUAUUACUUGGAAUAAUGAUUCCUUCCACCCUGCCUCAGGUACAGGGCUAUGGUAAGAGAUCUGGGUCUGCCUUCCCCCUCAAACAUGGGGAUAUCAAGAAUCCUGGAGGUAGGGCUGGUUUGCAAGUAAACAUGGGUCUCAACCCUUCAAAUACCACCAUCUGCACCUUGACUUGUAGAUGGUCUGUGCUUUUAAUAUCCUGAGGUCAGUAUGUCCUCACUCUGGCCUAGUCUUCUGUGGCCAGUCAGGUUUUUUUUUAGUAUAAAACACUGUGGCCAUUUUCAAUCAACACCAGUAUAUCACCACUGAAAGAUUGUAUGGGAACAACUUUAAGUUUUAGGUUCCUAAUCCUCAUUUUGUAGCAGGGGCAACUUAAGUGAUGCCCUCCAGAGAUUGAUGGGACAGCAUCAGCCACCAUCAGUUGAUGGGAGCUGGGGUCCAAAAACAUAUAUAGGUCACCAAUGCUGGCUAUUAUUUUAUGAUCAGGACAUUUAAAUUUUGUUGCUUUUUAUUUUCUAUGCAGACAAAACCCUUGUAAGAUUUUUGUUAAUGCAUAACAGUAGGGGUUUUUGUUUUGUUUAAUUGAAGUUUGCACAGUUAUUAUCAGGCCUAAUGUAGGUGAAUUAGGAAAUCAGAUGGGGAAAGUGUGUCCUGGGUAGGGUGGAGUAUAAAUCCAAGAAACUACGAAAUCAAGUCUUCACAUAUUAGCAGUCACUGGUGGGAAGUCCUACACACUUUCUUAGAUGGAUGGUUGGGUCCAGCUCAGGUCACUAGCUAGUGACUUGAAGGCCAGAUCCAAUUUCCCACUACCACAUUUUCAUCAAGAAUUUGUAGAAAGUUCCCCUAGAAGGAAGUGACAAUUUGUUUUCAGAAGUUGUGUCUGUGUGAGAAAGACUCCACAGUUCAAUUAUACAACUCUUUGGUAUGUUUAAAACCCCAGCUGAGUUUACGCACUUCAUAGCUGUGAAGUUCCUACUGCUUAGACAGCACCAACUUGACUUUCUUCUAACAUACCCAUUUUAGAUGCAACUCCCCCUGAUUCUAUGCACACUUGGGAAUAUUCCUAAUUCAGAUGAGUGGGAUUUACUUUGGAGCCACAAGAGCAAACUCCUAGGGGGCAGUGUGUGUGUGUCUUUGCCCUCCAUAAAAUAUUUGAGGGCCCCCCCCCAUUGAUGGGCAUUGCCAUUCAAAUGGUGUGUGUGCACUGUGGCAUGUGAUCAAUUAUUCUGGGCAGAGCUAACCCCCCCCCAAUAUUUUAUUCAAGUUGGCACCCAUGUUUGGAGCAAACAAAUAUCCGAUCAAGAUUUCAUUGAUUUAGAAUGGAACAAGUAAUUGGCGCACUCCACACAAAACUAAACACUUUGGGUCCCAUUGAUUUCAGCAAGAGAGUUAAAUCUGUCUCCCACAGAACUACUAGGAGUCUUUAUUGGGUUUAGCUUUGGCUGGAUCACUCCUAAAGUGUUUAAAAUUGGAGGGCCAGUGAAUAGAGCUUGAAUCAUCUGGGUAGUUUGAGGACAAUAUUUCUUCAUAGCAAGCCUGGGUAUUAUAAAAAGGGCUAUAGUCCUCUAUAUGCUUGCUUUGGGCUAGUUCCAUUGAAAUGAAUUAGCUUGCUCUGGGUUAAGAGGCUUGGGGAUGGCGGCUAAACAAUUGAAUAUUGAAACGUUUCUGAGCUGCGUUUUUCUCCUGCUCCUGAAAUCCAGCAUACAUGAAACACUUUUAGGUUUUAAUGGGACUGGCUGGAACAUACCUGAGAUCAGGGAGGAGGUGCUGUUGGUUUUUCUUUUACAAAAUCACAAACACAAUUCUGGCUCGAAUGUUCCUACCCACUAUUAAGGUAACAGAUGGAAAUAAGCAAAAUAUAAUUUCUUAAGACGUUUAAAAGCUGAUUCCAGUAUCUUGUAUUCAUUGCUGUCUUGAGCAUCCUUCUGAUUUUUUUCCCAUGAGAUGGUGUCUGUCUGCCACGUUAAUGUAUUAACUUCAAAAGGCACAAACCAGCAAAUGUAAGACUGCAGCUGUAUGCUUGCCUAGAAGUCAGCCCACUUGAACUUAGUGGAGCUUACUUCCAAGUAAACAUGCACCAGACCUGGUUAAACAAGGCCCAUUAAAAUCAACAGAACUUCGGCUAGUUGUUACUAAGUUCUGUUCCGUGGCUUCCAAAGGAGCGAGAAUCAUGGCAAACUUUUGCUAAACGGUGCCCUCUACAAAUCAUCAGUUCAUAUCUCUAUACGUGUGUAUACUUGUAUUUAUAUAAUAAACACACUACCAUGUACAUUGAUAGACACACUGGCAACAUAUCCAAGCAUGUUGAACCCAUUUAAAUUAAAGGGCUCUGUGCUAAAUCUAGCCUUUUCCCUUAAAAAAUAAUGUAGAAGAAGAGAAAAUGCAUUGGGGGGGGGAACCCCUAGGGAUUUAAAGCUGGCAAUCAUUGAAGCUGCCAAACUCAGAAGCCUUGUGGAUGCAUUGCUAAUUGGAAAUACCUUUCCUAGUUUACAUUUGCAAGUGUUUGUUUUUAUUUUAUUUUUUUAAUUUAAGCUAAAAGUCUGAAUGGUCUGGGCAGUGGUGAAUGUUCAUUUGUAUCCUUUAUUCCAGUAACCCCCUAAUUAGACACGGGAGACACUCCAGAACCAAACCAAAAUCCGCCAAGAAGAUAUUGCUUUGGGUGGAUUGUUAAGAUUAACAUUUGCACAAGUACUUUGGAUUUUACCCCUUCCUCCUCCUCCAAACCUCCCUUCAGUAGAAUCUCCUUUUUCAUUUUAAAUAUUAUUUUUUGGUAUUAAAAGAAAGGAAUUCUUUUUGUUGUUUUCUACUAAUGCGUGGAUACAUACUGACACUUCACUGCCCACAUUAAAGUGCAUUAUUGUAACUUUUGCUCAGGGUUUUUAGAAAAUUAGCACAGAAAAGUAGCUUAUUUUUUAAAAAAAACAAUGGAAGAGAUGUUAACACUGUAACAGAGGAAAAUGUGUCUUUGUCGUUAUAUAUUUAGCAAGUGUGGUCAUCAUCUUCUAGAACGCUUAAGGCUUGCUGACCUGAAGCGUGUUUAGAUGGAAGUAAGUUCAAAUGACUUGAGUGGAAUUUACUUCCAAGUUGAUACAUUUAGGAUUGAGGUGCCAACCUUGGACGUUUCCUGUUUCUCUUACCUUAUGGGCAUUUACCACUAACCAGACCAAACAACCUUGGAGAGGCUGAGAUCUUUAUUAAUACACUUUUACAGGUACAAAAAAAAAUAUUGAUACUUAUAAAUUUUGUUCUUUGACAGAACAACUAUAUGGUACUAUAGAUCUACUUUAUUAAGUAGACUAAUUAUAACUCAGUUCUACAAUGUGCCUUAUGCGAUAACUUGGGAGUAAGCUUGUGGGGGAAAAAAUCAGGAUAUAUAUGUGUUGUUUGUUAAAUUAACUGUUUUAAGCCCUUUUGACACCUCACUAGUUUUGUACUGUUUUACCUCUUAUUUCUGAAACUCUUUUUAUGGUGUAUAUCCUGGUAGAGGGGACAAACAUGUCAUAGAAAGCAGUUGUGCACUCUUUCGGAUAUAGUUGAUAAAUUCAAUAAUCUUAUAUAUUGAGCUUCGUGUUUCUAGUACAGUUAAGUGGUCUAGCAAACUUGUCCAUGUUUCUUUGUUUUAUUGAGAAAUGCAUUGUAUAGAAACUAUUUCCCCUAAAUAUUUAUGGACCAAACAAUUGUGAUAUAUCCUAUUAAAUUUGUGUGAAUAAACCAUUUUGAAUUGAAGGAGUUUUAUUUACCAUCAAUUUUUGUCUUCAUCUUUUUUUUUAAUGGAGUCUUACCCAUGGCAGUGUGUUGUGUUGCUUUUACUGUAUGUGUGAGUGUGUGAUGGUGGACACAGUAAUCUUAGUGCUAUAUUAAAACAGGAUUUAUUUUAAAGUUUUUGCUUCCUAGUACAUAUCCAUGAUGAAAUUUCAGAGGUUUUUAUUU